AUGCAGCGACAGGUGCAUGCCGAUUCAUCCACUUUUGCAGACGGGCUGAGCAAAACGGAGGUGUACGGGCAGGUCCUGGAGCAGGCACAGGCGCUUUUCGAUGGCCAGAGAAAUUGGGUGAGUAUCCUCAACUUCUCAAAUGCAGCAUCGCUUCUCUGGCAUGCAUAUCACUCGCUGCCAUCGCCUUCCUCGGCUGUCAACUGGGCGGGCUUCUACUUCACAGAUCCUUCACACCCCUCGCGACUGCUGCUAGGCCCGUUUCAAGGGCAAGUAGCAUGCCAAGUCAUUGCAUUUGGCAGGGGUGUGUGUGGGACAGCGGCCAAGGAAGCAAAGACGCAGUUGAUCGAAGACGUAGACCAGUUUCCAGGCCAUAUUGCGUGUGAUGGGGCAAGCAAGAGUGAGAUUGUUGUUCCUAUUGUGAAGAACGGAAAGGUUGUAGCUAUCAUCGAUAUUGACUGUGCAGAGCUCAAUGGCUUCACCGCACAGGAUAAAGAGGCUUUGGAAGAACUGGCGAAUAUGCUAGCUGAAUCGUGUGACUUUUAUUAG